GGAAAGAUGUGAUGCAGCGGCGGCAGCAGCGAGUGCACCAGCCUCAACUGUGCCACAAGUCUCAAUGAGCACCUGUGAGACUCUCCGCCCCUCCCAUCGACUAUCUUCAUGGAUGUAAUCUCCGACUUAACAACAGGUACUUGUAAGGUCCCAGAUAAAGUAAUUUCCCCAGACCUCGCUGAGCUUUUGGCAGGAGAGUCAGAGCAGAGCUCCAACCGCGCAAAGUCUCUAGAAUUCCCUGGCAAAGCACCUGCAGACAUGGGUCGUCAAGAGGCCGACUAUGUGUGGAAGAAGAACACUGAAAACAUCCAAGAGGUUUUUGACUUCAUGGAAGAGUUGGGAUCUGGGGCAUUCUCAGAGGUUUACAUGGUGAAGGAGAAGAAGACGGGAAAAAAUUUCGCCAUGAAGUGUGUGAAAAAGAAACAGAAGAGGGAUCUGAAUCUGGAGAAUGAGAUCGCUGUGCUGCGAAGAAUUAAACAUGAGAACGUUGUGGGGCUGGAGGAUUUCUAUGAAAGUCGAACGCAUUACUAUCUUGUCAUGCAGCUGGUUUCAGGCGGUGAGCUAUUUGACCGUAUCCUGGAUCGGGGGGUGUACUCAGAGAAGGAUGCCAGCAGAGUGAUUCAGCAGGUGCUGGAGGCCGUCAGCUAUCUGCACCAAAACGGAAUAGUGCAUCGGGACCUGAAGCCCGAGAACAUCCUGUACUACAGCCAGGAGGAAAACUCCAAGAUCAUGAUCAGUGAUUUCGGCCUGUCAAAGAUGGUAGACAAUGGCAUCAUGUCGACAGCCUGUGGCACCCCAGGAUAUGUUGCUCCUGAAGUUUUGGCACAGAAGCCCUACAGCAACGCCGUUGACUGCUGGUCUAUCGGAGUCAUCACCUACAUCCUACUUUGCGGUUACCCCCCUUUUUAUGAAGAAAGUGAGUCACGGCUCUUCUCCAAGAUCAUGAAGGCACAGUAUGAGUUUGACUCACCAUUCUGGGACGACAUCUCUGAAUCCGCCAAGGAUUUUAUUCGUAACAUGAUGCAGAAGAAUCCCAAGAUGCGCUACACUACAGAGCUAGCGCUCAGACAUCCAUGGAUUAUUGGGAAGACAGCUCGGAGCCAGGACAUCUACUAUUCCGUCAGCGUUCAGAUUCAAAAGAACUUUGCCAAGUCCAAGUGGAAGCAAGCCUACAAUGCUGCUGUUGCCAUCAACCACAUGAAGAAGCUGCAGCUGGCCCACUCAGAGCAGGUCCUGAGGCAGGCCAGCAUCCCAGACAUCAGGGUCAUCGACGUGUCCUCCCCAACGAAAAACCGGAAACAUCUUGAUCCAGACAAGGUUGAGCCCAAGGUGCCAGAGGUCAACGGGAGUGUGCAAGGGACACAUCACAUGUCCUUGCCCACAAGCCAUGUUGAACUAAAGAGCCACUGCCACCCACUGAAGACCAGUCAGAGCCAUUGCAGUGCACAACACGCACCUACAAUAGCUGAACAGGGAAAGCAUGUGUACCACUCAGAGCCUGCCAACCUGAAUGGAUACGGUAAAAAAAACAAUAAUAGCAAGACCAUAACAGGUGUUUGCGCCAUCAUGUGAAAGCUGCACAGAGUUUACAUGGAAAUAAAACAUUUUACCUGGUCAGUGUUGCUGUUUUGACCCAGCAUACAGCUGGUUUGCGUCAGCAGCUCCCACGACAAGUGGUUGAUUCAAGCGGUGUGGGAGAUCCACAGUCUGUGUGGAGCAUUUUAUUUUGGAGAGAGUGCCUAGGAAGCUUCCCCAAAACCACACCAAAGUACACAAACCACAACGAAACUCACACGCUCAGAUGCACGAGUCUCAUUUUUAACCAGAACAUUUUUGACAGUAUUGAACAGAACUGUGUGAUCUAGGAGGGAAAGCAAUGGAUUAAAUGGGCUCACCUCUAGCCGGGUUUUGCAUGAAUAUCCAUGUUGUUUAUGGUGACGAUGUUCCUGACCACUGGUUUUUGAUGGGGCAGAAGUCAGAUCAUCCGAACACUUUGUGUUCAUGGUUCCAUGCUUAAAAUAAUACACACAAUGACGUCAAUGACAAUUAUUGUACUUGAAGAAAACCGCAUGCUUACUGCAUCCAAUAAGCCAUACUGAUGUAAUUUAAUAUGGUAAAGUUGUCUCAUAUUUUUGUUACUUUCUUUAAGUUAAUUGUUUCGCUAAUUUAU